ACAUCAAAACAUUCGUCCCCAAACACUUUUCAUUUCGGGGGCCAUAGUUACAAAAAUACUCCCGGGUAGUAACUGGAAACCGCCACUCCACUCUAUUGGGCGGUUGCCGGAAAAGGUAAAAACACCGGCCAAAGUUUUGAACCGUUCCUCUAACUCCGACGGCUAGAUUAAAGCCACAGGCCUCACGUCCACCGGCAUGAAUUACGAGCAGCGCCUCAUAGCUGCGGCGAAGUACACCUACGCCGACGACUCAGCCUCUGCAGACGCGCAGCCGCUCAGCUCCGCCGACUUGGGAGUAAAAGCGACGCUCAAGCUUCACCAAGUUGAAGGAGUCUCCUGGCUCAUCCGGAGAUAUCGCCUAGGCAUGGGGUUGGGAAAGACUCUCCAAGCAAUAUCUCUAUUGAGCUACUUAAAGGUUGCAAGUAGGUCUCCCGGCCCAUUUUUGAUAUUGUGCCCACUUAGUGUGAUUGAUGGUUGGAAGACCGAGCUAACAAACUUUGCUCCAAAGCUGAAAGUUAUCAAUUAUGUUGGGGAGAAAGAGCAUCGCCGCAGUAUGCGUAGGAAAAUGUAUGAGCAUGCUACCAAAGAGUCACUCCAAGAUGUUUCCAAGAUGCCAUCAUUAGCUUUUGACGUUCUGUUAACAACUUAUGACAUAUCAUUGAUUGAUCAAGAAUUUCUCUCUCAAAUUCCAUGGCAUUAUACGAUAAUCGAUGAAGCACAGAGACUAAAGAACGCACAGAGAGUCUUGUAUAGUGUCCUCAAAGGGCGGUUUUUGAUGCCGAGGAAAUUACUGAUGACUGGCACACCUAUACAGAACAACCUUUCCGAACUCUGGGCAUUGAUGCAUUUCUGUAUGCCUUCAAUUUUUGGGACAUUAGAGCAGUUCCUCUCUGCAUUCAAGGAAGCUGGAGAUCCUCUAUGUUGCAAUAUAGGAAAAGCCAAUGGACAACUCAAAAUUCUGAAGUAUAUACUUGGGGCCUUUAUGCUUAGAAGAACUAAGAGUCAACUCGUUGAAUCUGGAACUCUUGUACUGCCUUCUCUUACGGAGAUAACAGUGAUGGCACCUUUGGUGGAACUGCAGAAAAGGGUGUAUAUGUCAAUAUUGAGGAAGGAACUACCCCAGUUGCUAGCUCUUUCUUCUGGAGGCUCAACUAGGUCAUUACAGAAUAUUGUAAUACAGCUAAGGAAGGCUUGUAGUCAUCCUUACCUUUUUCCUGGCAUUGAACCUGAACCAUUUGAAGAGGGUGAGCACCUGGUUCAGGGUAGUGGCAAGCUUCUUGUUUUGGAUUGUCUACUCCAGAAGUUGCAUGCUUCUGGACAUCGUGUUCUUAUUUUUACCCAGAUGACCCAAACUCUUGAUAUAUUGCAGGAUUACCUGGAGCUGAGGAAAUAUUCCUAUGAGCGCCUUGAUGGUUCUGUUCGGGCAGAGGAACGAUUUGCUGCAAUAAGAAGUUUUGGCCAGAGACUGUCCAAAGGAAGUUCAGAUUCAGAAGCUGAUGAUUGUGGAGCAUUUGUCUUUAUUAUUUCAACGAGAGCUGGAGGGGUUGGAUUGAAUCUCGUGACUGCUGAUACGGUCAUAUUUUAUGAACAAGAUUGGAAUCCACAGGUGGAUAGGCAGGCUCUACAGCGUGCUCACCGGAUUGGUCAAAUGAAAGAUGUUUUGUCCAUUCAAUUAAUUACCCGGAGGACAGUGGAUGAGGUCAUUAUGCGCAGAGCAAAUCAAAAAUUACAGUUGAGCCACAACAUAAUAGGAAAGGAUACUGCAGAUGGGGAUGGGAAAGAGAACGGGAAAGGAAUUCCAGGAGCAGAUUCUGGUGAUUUACGGUCUAUUGUACUUGGCUUACACAUUCUAGAUCCCUUGGAGAGUAGCAAGGGAAACUCUGAUAAAGUGGAUUUGAGUGAGUUAAACGCAAUGACUGAAAAAAUACUUGCGUUACGCAAGGAGAAACAGUUGGAUAAGUUUGACCAGAAGUUUGAGAUGAAUUACAUGGACAUACUCGAUGGGAGCUGUUCUAUCACUCAGGGAAUCUCCGGUUCUGUUGAUCUUGAACCUGUUGUAGAUGAAAUUUCAUACCAAUCUUGGAUUGAAAAGUUUAAGGAAGUAUUGCAAACAAAUGAUACCCCAACAAUGGAAAUGGGAAGCAAGAGAAAAUUGCCGGAGGAGAAUAAUUUAAAAGCUGAAGCUGCAAGAAAAAAGGCAGAGGAGAAAAAAAUAUCCAAAUGGGAAGCUCUGGGAUAUCAUUCAUUGUGUGUGAAAGACCCAGUUUUCCCUGCGGAUAAGGGCAAUACAUCGGAUCCUGGCUCUGUUCAUUUUGUCUAUGGGGAUUGCACACAUCCCUCAAAGGUCUGUCCAUCAGAGCCUACAAUUAUAUUCAGCUGUGUUGAUGAUUCAGGAAGCUGGGGACAUGGAGGAAUGUUUAAUGCACUUGCUAGACUUUCACCAAGUAUCUCUAUGGCAUACGAGCAAGCUUCUGAAUUUGGUGAUCUUCACUUGGGUGAUAUCCAUCUUAUAGAAAUUACAGAGGAUUCCAGUGGCAACAGUAGAAGCAGCACCUCACCCCACACUCCCCAAUGGGUUGCUUUGGCUGUUGUACAAUCAUACAAUCCGAGGAGGAAAGUCCCAAGGAGUAACAUAUCUAUCCCUAACUUAGAAGAUUGCCUUUCAAAAGCAUCCUAUGUGGCCGCUCAGAAGUCUGCAUCAAUCCACAUGCCACGAAUUGGCUAUCAAGAUGGUACAGACAGGUCAGAAUGGUACACCAUUGAGCGUCUUCUGCGGAAGUAUGCCGCCAUCUUCAGCAUAAAGAUUUUUGUGUAUUACUUUCGGCGUUCUGCACAAGCUUAGAGAAGAAGAACCCACUGCUCUGUAUUUCUCAUUCGCAGCUUCUUCAGUGAGUUCAAUGUUUUCUUACUUGUUACUUUGUUAGUACUUAGUACUAGUGGGCUUAUACACUGUUUACCGUACUAGUAAUGCAAAAAAAAUGGUGGAGGAAAAACGAUAGACAAUCGGUGAGAGUUGCAGUUUGCAAAGGCAAAAAGUGCCAAGGGGUAGACUAGAUCCGAUUUCAGAGAACUGCGUUAGGAGGCAACUAUUUCAAGCAUAGCCGCAUAUGGGCUAUAGUCUGUGUAGAUAAUUCAGUGACCGUCCGACCAAACUUGAAGGAGCCCUCGAGAAUGAGACUAUCUUUUAGGAAAGGAAAAUGCUAGAGUCACAAAUAUAUACUUCCUCUGUCCACCAUAGAUCUUCCCAAUAGCCCUUUUUCUUUGUCCACAAUAGAUUUUCUCAUUUCAUUUUUUAACCAUUAAAAUACCACAACUACCCUCACUUACUUUAUUUAUUACACCUCAACCACCUCAUUUAAUACACUCCACCCAUUUUCAUUAAGGGUAUUAAAGUAAACUUUCACCCUUUUU